AUGUACAUUCCAAAAAAUUUCGAAGUCCAAGAUUUGCCAAGACAAGUGGAGAUCAUCCGCAAUUACCCUCUAGGCACUUUGUUCACUGCAAGCCCUCCUUCAAAAGGUUUACUUAAUAUCUGGAGCAAUGACCCGGUAGGCAGGCCGGAUUCUGAGUUAUGUGUCACUCAUGUUCCCUUUUGCUUUGUGCCAGGUGCCGAAGGUAGCUGUGGGAAGCUCGUCGCACAUCUAGCGGUUCAAAAUCAGCAGAUUGAACACUUGGAAAAUCAAUCCAAAUGCCUCGUCGUUUUUCAAAGUGUUGAUUCGUACAUUUCCCCAUCUUGGUAUCCACUAAAGAAGAACACUCACAAGCGUGUUCCUACGUGGGACUUUGCAGCUGUUCAUGUUUAUGGUACUCCUAAAAUUAUUAGAGGCGAUAAAGAAUGGCUAAUCAACCUCUUGAAUCUGCUGACCGAUCAAGAAGAGUCGAAGAGGCCCGAGGGUGAACAAUAUGAGGAAAAAUGGAAAGUCUCCAACGCUCCUGAAUCCUACAUUCAUGGAAAACUCAAGGGAAUCGUGGGCUUAGAAAUUGAAAUCACACAUAUCGAGUCCAAAUUCAAAUUUGAUCAAGAUUCUGCCCAGGUUGAUGUUGAGGGUGUAAUUGAUAAUCUGGAGAAAGAGGUUGGAGGUGAAAAGGGAAAAGAAAUGGCCAAAUUUGUUAAAGGUUGCUGUCCGAAGAGGAUGUGA